AUGGCUUUAAGGGCUUUCCUAAUUCGUGCUGCUGCAACAAAAGAGGGACCAUUGAUACUCUUUAGCAUAGAGCCUCAAGGAGUGUGCACACAGAUUCAGUUCGAAGUGGACGACAUGUGGCGCAUUUUUAUGGCAGCCACAUCCGAUCUGGCAUCUCGUAAUACGAUCUGUGUGUUCGAUGCUCUCGAUGAGUGCCGCGAUCAAGACCAGAAAGAGCUGAUUGAGAGACUUCGUGGAUUCCAUGAUCGACACCUGGAUAGACAAGGAAAUUGGUUGAAAUUUCUCGUGACAAGUAGACCGUAUGAUAAUAUUCAAGAUUACUUUCGGCCAGUGACUGAAAGCUUUCCGCAGAUCCAUCUUCGCGGUGAAGAAGAGAAUGAUCAAAUUCACGAAGAGAUCAAUCUGGUAGUAAAGGCCAAAUUGGCUGAGCUGGGUAAGGACCUAGGCCUGCGUGCUGACACGCAAGAGCGGCUUGAAAGGGAGCUCUGCGAAAUGAAGCAUCGCACAUACCUUUGGUUGUAUUUAGCAAUCGAUGAUAUCAAAAGAACAUUGAAAAAUAGUCUUCGGCCAGACCGGGAAACCAUUCCACCGCUUCCGAAGAAUGUCCCCAAAGCAUAUGAGAGAAUCCUCAAUCGAGUUCCUUCCGACCAAAAAGCUAAGAUAGAAACCAUUCUGCGAAUCAUUGUUGGUGCGCGACGUCCACUGACUGUUCAGGAGAUGGCCAUGGCUUUGGGAGUGGCGACGACUCCGGGUGCAGAAACAGCAACGGAGGCCGGCCUGAGCCCUAACGGAUUAGACAAAAAGAUAAGGCAACUCUGUGGGCUGUUUGUUUUCAUCAAGGAAUCCAAAAUCUAUCUCAUUCAUCAGACUGCAAGAGAGUUCCUUGUUAGCAGACAUGAUUGA